AUGGAGACCUUUCACCGCCUCGCCGGCAUGACCGAAACGCACAACAACCAAAGCGAACACCCCUCCUACCCCAUCCCCGAACCACCGCCCAUCCCCGACUCCGAAACCGCCUCCCAAUACGCCGCCUCCACCCACGGCUCCCGCGUCUCCCUCCCCCUCAACCGCCGCGCCUCUCGCAAAUCCAUCCGCUCCACCAAGUCCGGCAAGAGCCAAAACGGCGGCAUCCGCCCUCCAACCACCCACCCUCCCCUCCCGACCACCCAACCGCAACCAGCACAACCCCGAAUCUCCCAAGACAGCGCCGGCAGCAGCAGCGAAGAGUUCGCCUGGGGCCCCUCACACCCAUGCUUCCCACACCCGAACCCACACUGCUCCCCAGACAGCCCGGAAGCGCAAAGCACCCGCGUCAUCCGCGUGCGCCGCGACUGGCUGCAAGCCGGCGAUCUAUACCCGCAAUACGCGAACCUCUACCCGGAGAUCCUCGACCCGCUCGUCACGGACGAGGACUUCCGCUUCCUGAUCUCCUCGCUCAACGCGCGGUUGAAGGAGGUUUUCAACCCGCACACUACCCGCGCGUGGCUGGAUAGUGUGAUGGGGGUAGCGACGGGGUUUGUGUGGGAUGAUUUGGGGCUGACGGGGGCGAAGAGGGGGGUGAGGGAGUUGGAGAGGUGGGUGGAGAGGUGGAAUGCGGAGAAGGAGAGGGAGGGGAAGGAGGUGAGGGUUGUGCAGCUGAGGAAGACGGGGUUUAUGACAUUGGAUUUUGUGGUGCCGGAUCCGGGGAUUGAUGUGGUUGAUGAGGGUGGUGAGGGAGGAGAGGAGGAGAUGGUGGGUGGGAUUGGGCCUGCUGAGUAG